UCAUAAUGCCGAUAAAAAUUAGUUUAUUUUCGGAUUUAUUCAUAACCGUGAUGGCGGCUUUCGGACCACUAGAUGUCCAGUUUCGUCAUUUCCACUCGGUGUUGGUUGAUAAAGUCUGAAAAUUUUCUCUUACUUUUUCUGGCCAACCAAACACCUACGACUCAUCUUUGUUAGCUUCAAAACACAAGAACAUUUCGCAAACACACCCGCCGACGGUAUGGAAGUUAAACGCCGCACUAUCCGCUCUUUAGUAACGAAGUUGGGCUCCGUCUCCGAACAGACUCGUGCGGAGUCUCUCACGGAGCUGCGUCUCAUUUCUAAACACGACGCCGAUAGUCGACCAAUUAUCGCUGAAGCCGGCGCCAUCCCCUAUUUAGCAGAGACUCUCUACUCCUCCUCACGCUCCGCUCAAGAAAACGCCGCAGCUACGCUUUUAAAUCUCUCCAUCUCCUCGCGUGAUUCGGUCAUGUCCACGCGCGGCCUCCUCGACGCGAUCUCCCACGCGCUCCGUCACCACUCGUCUUCAACGUCUCCUUCCACUGUUCAAUCCGCCGCCGCCACGUUGCAUAGCCUCCUGGUAAACGAAGCCUACCGCCCGAUCAUCGGAUCAAAACGUGAUAUUAUUCAUUCUUUAAUUGAAAUAGUGAAAACGCGUAACUCUCAGGCUCGUUCGAUUAAAGACGCCUUGAAAGCGUUGUUUGGAAUAGCUCUUUAUCCUUUGAACCGCCAACAGAUAAUCAAUUUGGGCGGAGUUCAGCCCUUGUUUUCGUUGGUUGUUAACGAGGGUAGAAUUGGCAUUGUCGAGGAUGCCACGGCGGUUAUAGCUCAAAUUGCGGGGUGUGAAGAGAGUUCAGAGGAGUUCAAAAAGUGGGGAGGUGUUGGUGUGUUAGUGGAUUUGUUAGACAUGGGGACUGGUUCGAGUGCUCGGGUGAAGGAGAAUGCGGUGGCGGCGUUAUUGAAUAUGGUGAGUUAUGGAGGGGAGAAUGUGGGGAAGGAGUUGAGAGAGGCGGCGCUGAAGGUGGCGGAUGGAGUUGCUGACGUGGCACAGAACGGAAGCGCCAAAGCUAAAAGUAAAGCGGUGGCAUUGUUGAAAGUAUUGCUUGCGGGAAAUGUGGUGAGAGAUUCGCCCUUUUAUAACUUGCUGAAUGAAUCAAAUUUAUCAAUUUGAAUUGAAUAGACUGUUAUGUCGGUUUGGUUGUAUACAAUUAGGAGUUUAGAUAUAGUGAUACUGGAAAUAUGAUUGAAAUUAAUUUGGUUCUUAAGUUAUUUUGUUUGCAUAGUUGAUAGGAUUUAUAUUCAUUAUUGUUUAUUGAUUUGUAUUCUUGCUCUCGCAUAAUAAGACUAUUAUCUAUGUUUU